GCGGCAGGGCUGACUGUGCCGUCAGUCAGUGAGUGAGUGUAGCGGAGGCAGAAGCAGAGCUGAGCUGCAUCUCAGUCACUACAAAAAAGCCCCAGUCUAGGGGUAUCGCCUCCUCCAGUUAAAGGGAAAAGGGGAGGGGAUGACUGCUCAGUGCAGAAAGCAAAAUUGCAACAAGUUAAUCACAGGUAGAGACACAGCCUCGGAUUAAAUCAGAGAAUUCACCUCUUUUAAUUCUAUUUUUACAAAAUGCUUACUAAAUGCAUGAGCAAUGAUUAUAGAAUGAGUGCAAUGAGAGGCUGAAGUGGGGGUGGGAGUUGCUUUUCCGAAGCUUGGUGCAUGCAGAGGAGAACGAGGACAAAGUACUGCCGUUGUAGAGGACAGGGAUCAGCUGCUCCUCCUCCUUUUAUCUGCUUCAGACGAACAAUCCAGACUUCCCUGUUUGUCCACAUAACUACAGUCCCUUAUCCCUGGAACCAUUCUGGCAAGUCACAUCUGUUGCAUCGAUUUUGAGUGUGGCUUAUUAAAAUUUACAAGCCAUAGCCUGUAACCAAGUGGAAACGCAGCGUGCGUCUUAACAUGGGGAAAAGGUAUCCCUUACACACACGUUUAAUGGCAAGAAGGGCCAAGUAAGAACCUGGUGGGAAGAUGUCUGUGCUGAUUAGCCUGCAUGGCAGUUUCUUCCUGCUGACCAUCAGCUGCUGGUUGUGUGCCCUUGCCCAGCACAGAAAUGGUAGUGACGGAAAUGUGACGGGGCAGGAGGCUGGAUGGGUGCCUUUCAUCACCUCGCGACUGGAUCACAUCAUCGUGAAAGAGGGAGUCAGUGUGACGAUGAACUGCAAUGUAAGUGGCAACCCUGAGCCGCAGAUUCAGUGGUACAACUCCAAUGGCCGCUUGCUGAACCAGGACACUGACAAUUGUUGGAUUUCGGACAGUGGACUGUUAAACAUCACCACAGUUUCGUUUGGUGACCGAGGCAAGUAUACUUGUGUAGCCUCGAACCAUUAUGGCAGUGUUAAUUACACGGUGACUCUGAGAGUCAUCUUCACCUCGGGGGAUAUGGGUGUCUAUUAUAUGAUAGUUUGCCUCGUUGCAUUCACCAUCGUGAUGGUCCUGAACAUCACCCGACUGUGCAUGAUGAGCAGCCACCUCAAGAAGACAGAGAAAGCCAUCAAUGAGUUCUUCAGAACCGAGGGAGCAGAGAAACUGCAGAAGGCCUUUGAGAUUGCCAAGCGCAUCCCGAUCAUCACCUCCGCCAAGACUCUGGAACUGGCCAAAGUCACCCAGUUUAAAACGAUGGAGUUUGCCCGGUACAUCGAGGAGCUUGCCAGGAGUGUCCCGCUGCCCCCUCUCAUCAUGAACUGCAAGAUGUUUGUGGAAGAGAUCAUGGAAGUCGUGGGCAUGGAGGAGCCAAGCCAUAUCUACGUGGGAGCUGGACCAGCGAGUCAAGAGACUCGAGACGAGGUGUACACGAUACCAAAUUCUUUAAAGCGCACCAACUCAUCUGCAGGGGACUCGGACGAAUCGUCUUUGCACGAGCAGCCCCAGCAAAUUGCGAUCAAGGUAUCGGUGCAUCCUUUAAUGGCGGGGGAUACGUUGGAGGGGCAGCGCCAACCAGGUGGUGCCUGCCAACCAGAUGGUGCCCGCCAACCGGAGCAAGAGGCCAAGGAGGUGGAGACAGCGCAAGCGGUGAUUGAAAGUAGCCCCCAUGUUGGGUUGACGGUGACAGAGAAUGAUGGCAAGGUUGUGACAGCAGUGACUGAAAGGGCCAACUACACUACGGCUGUCUUAGUAGAGAACACCAAUUCUGUGACACCAGUGGUGAUUGGGAAAACUCCCCGGGUCAUAUAUGAGAGCCAUGUGUAGCUGACACAAAACUGCAGUUCACCCCUUUUGGGCUACCAUGUGAUGGGAUCUCCGAUGAAUAAAAUUAGCCUUAACCAGAA